AUGGACCUUACGACCGGUAGUGUGGCCAACAAACCAGCUGUAUCUUUCAGCAUGGACAGUAUUCUUAGAAAGGGUUCUCUAGAAGACGAGGAUACAGAGGUUUCCACCAUUACAAGCGGCCCUGACGGAAAGCCUCGAUCCCAGUCUUCUCCAAGUCCCGGGGAUGAUUGUAGGAGCGAUACUUCAGUUUCGCCCUGUGCCACGCCAGAAGAAUUUGGUCAGGAAAAGAGAUUCUUGGAGGGAACAGACGUUUCCUCGCUUAACACUUCAUCGGACAAAGGUGAUGACGCCUCCGAUGAAUCCUUCUCCUCCAAGCCCCGGAAAAUUCGUCGAAGUCGGACGACAUUUACUACUUACCAGCUUCAUCAACUCGAACGCGCCUUCGAGAAGACUCAGUACCCGGAUGUGUUUACUAGAGAGGAACUCGCCAUGAGGCUUGAUCUCAGUGAGGCGCGAGUGCAGGUAUGGUUUCAAAAUAGACGCGCCAAGUGGAGAAAACGGGAAAAGGCGAUGGGGAGAGAGAGUCCGAAUUUCCUUCAGUCAGAUUCCACGCCCAGUCUCUGCGACGUUACACCGCACAUUCCACACACAAUCAACUUCCCAAAUUCUCCGGAACAUCUCUGGUCUCUUCGAGUGUCCCAUCUCACAGGAAUGAAUCCCAUGUUAGCCCUGUAUCAACAAAAUAUGGGAAAUCUUGCUUCCCAUCAACUUCACGGAAAAUUUCCCUUUGGCGGUCUCUUCCCAAAUUACCCAGUAACCUCUAAUACCUUUGGGUUUCCUGGACUUUUUUUCGGUGGAAGCGGUCCGUCUUCAUCCGGCAUACCUAGUUCCGGUCCAGGGCGUUUACCUUUGAAUCAGGAAUCUCUCGACCUAAGGAUCUCUAGUAUUGACAACUUAAGAAUCAAAGCAAAAGAGCACUGUUCAGCAUCUUCUGAGAAACAUCCAUUUUUGUCUUAAUUUUUGAAUGCCAUACUCUUGUGGGAAUGAAUGGUCUAUGGAAUGCAUUGUAAGGUUGUUAGCAAAUUAGGUAAAAAGUUUUAUUGUUACAAAGGGUGCUACUGAA